AUGUACAGCAGCAUUGAGUCCAAUAUUCGUGUCUCUGAGAUAAAUCCUAAUCAAGAUGCUGCCGACCCCCUCGCCUCGACCUCCGGUGCGGGUCCCUCCGCCGAGGCGACGCCCCCACCUCAAGGCUACCGCACCCUGGAUGGUCUACCCUUCCCCACGACGAUCCAGUCCAAGAAGAAGGAUCGAAUGGCUCCUAUUCCCCUCGCAACAGCCCUCGCCCGUGUCAAGGCCUCCAAGCGUGCCAAGUUCGACGAGACGGUAGAGCUGGCCCUGACUCUGGGUAUCGACCCCCGGCGGGGCGACCAGAUGGUCAGGGGCGUCACCCAGCUCCCGCACGGUACGGGGCGCAGCGUCCGCGUGGCCGUGUUUGCCAGCGGCGAGGACGCCAUCGCCGCCCGCGAAGCAGGAGCGGAGGUGGUGGGAGCCGAGGACUUGAUCGCCUCCAUCGCCGGCGGGGGCGGGCUGGACUUUGACAAGGCGGUGGCCACGCCCUCCAUGAUGCCCAAGGUGGGCCGCGUGGCUCGGAUCCUGGGGCCCCGCGGCCUCAUGCCCAACCCCAAGCUGGGUACCGUGACUGCCAACGUGGGCGAGGCGGUGGCGGCGCUGAAGCGGGGGAAGGUGGAGUUCAGGGCGGACAAGGGCGGCGUGGUGCAUGCAGGGCUGGGCAAGGUGUCCUUCACCGACGCCGCGCUGGCCGGGAACGUGGCAAGCUUCAUGGCCGCCAUCCUGGCGGCCAGGCCGCGCGGCCUCAAGGGCGGGGCGGGGGCCUACGUGCGCGCCGCCAUGCUUUCCUCCACCAUGGGCCCGGGCAUCCCCGUCAGCCUGGCCUCCCUCACCCAGGCGGCCGCUGCGGCCCAGGUCAACGCCUGA